AACACUAACAAACACACGCGUGAAAAGUGAGAACUUCAAACGAAGGAUUCAGGAGACGAAGACAAGCCACGCAGCGACGAAGGAGUGAGGAGACGCCGAGCCGCCAUGAAGCCACGCCGCGACGCCCACCACCCACCGCCAGUCUCCAUCGCCGACCCCAGUCAGUCAGUCAGUCAUACGCAAGAAGAUAUACCACGAAAAAUGCAACUCGACAACAACAGCAGCAACAACAAAAAAAAAAUUCUUUACUUCCUUCUUUUAAUCCUAAUCUUAAUCCCUAGUGCUUUAAUGCUUGUCAUCUUCUUUACAUACAAUGAUAAUUCUGUUCCAGAGUUUGAGGUUGAUUCUCUUUCCAUGAAAGUAUAUAAUAGCACUGAGAAAAGUGUAACAGUUGAUUUGGACUUUACUGUCACCUUCAAGAACAAGGAUGAACGUUUAUUGUAUCUUGACCAAAUGCAAGUGUCAUUAGAGUAUCACCAAGAUGAUGAGAUUAUUUCGUCGACAUCACUUGAUGCUUUUCUGCUGUAUGAGAAACAACGCCAGCUUCAAUUUGGAAUGCAGAUCAAAGAGGAUAAUGCACACUACCUUCGAACGGUGGAUUCGAUCUAUCGAGAUAAUGUUGUACGGUUUGGUUUAAAAGCUCAGGGUCACUACGUACUUUUGCUUUUGAAUGAUAUUCAUUUCAACAAGUGCGAUAUCAAGUUCGUGUGUGAUGAUAUCAUAGUUGGGUUUUCGCCUGAAAAGAAUUCGACCACCGGGAGUUUGAUUGUCAGUCCACUCCCUUGCAAAUGCGAAUUUGAAUGUAAAUCUAAAGAUUAUUAGAGAAUUUAUUGCUAACUUUCGUUCUUGUUUGCUUUUUCAAGUUCUUGGCAAUGUUUGUAGUGGUCUGACUAAUCUCUAUUUUACUUUCGAUAAUCUUGAACUAUUCUGUCAA